AUAGCCAAGACACAUAGCGAAAGACAGAAACAGAAAUAAAAAGGAAAAAAGAGUCACGAGAGCAGCAAGAAAAAAAGGUGAAUCACAGGAAUGGAGAGGAAAAGUGGAAAGGCAGUAGAUGUUCUAGAUGGUUCUAAUAUUAUGGAGUUAGUUGGAAACAAAGAUGUUUUCAGCAACUUCGUGAACCAUAAGUUUCAAGAGUUGGAUAGAGAUAGAGAUGGUAAACUUUCUGUGAAUGAACUGAAACCUGCUGUUUCUGAUAUCGGUGCUGCUCUUGGUUUGCCUCCUAAAGGGAAUAAUCCUGAUUCUGAUCACAUCUAUUCUGAGGUUUUGAAUGAAUUCACACAUGGAAAGCAUGAAAAAGUGAGCAAGACUGAGUUCAAAGAGGUUCUUUCAGACAUUUUGUUGGGCAUGGCUGCUGGACUCAAACGAGACCCGAUUGUGAUACUUCGCAUUGAUGGCGAAGAUCUUCUCGAGUUUCUUAAUGGCUCCGUUUAUGAACCUGAAAUCGUAUCCAUUUUCUCUCAAAUUGAAUCACCUCAUGCAUCUCUUCAUGAUCUUAUAAUUCAAGCUCUUAGCAAACUCAAUGUUGAUCAAGGGAUUCCUCCUACUUCUGAUCCUUGGGUUAUUAACAACAUUGUGGAACCAGCACUAGCACUGCUUUCUAAACAUGGAACUUAUUUGAAUAAGCCAGUUUCUCAAGAGAUAUUUAUGGAGGAAUUUAAGAAAGUGGCUUUGCUCGUAGCUAAUCGUCUUCGGGAGCAACCGGUCAUAGUUGCUCAUAGUGAAAGCAAAUUUGAUGGAAGUGGUAUUAAGAGACUAUUAUCAAAUAAGUUUGAAUUUGACAAGAUUUUGAGCUCGGCUAUGGAGACUCUCCCGAAAGAUCGUAAUGGAAAAAUGUCAAAGGAUUAUCUCCGAGUGGCGCUGGACGUGGUGGCUCCGUCCGCUGCUUUACCUCCAUUUGGUGCAGUUGAAGAGAUGGAUAAGGUUAUCGGUGAAGUGUUUAAGAUGGUGAGUGCUGAUGACGCGAAGUUGGUGAAAGAAGAUGAGUUCAAGAAAAUAUUAACUGAAAUAUUGGGGAGUCUCAUGUUGCAAUUGGAAGGAAAUCCUAUAUCAGUUUCUUCAAAUUCUGUAGUGCAUGAGCCUCUGGGUUCAUCUUCAACUCUUCUGCAGCCAUCCCCUACUACUGAAACAACGAUUGCAUAGAAGCAUCUGCAUAUGUCUCUUUCUAUGUAUGUAUGUAUAUGAUGGAUGAUAUUAAGAACCUAUAACUAUAAUAAAAUAUUUAUUUUGGGUAAA